GGGCGCAUAGGCUUGUCCACGCAUAUGUCCACACGCAGAAGGUUGGACUGUGUUGAUGCCAUGUCGUCUUUUGGGAAGCUGACCGAAUACUUCAGCCUCCGGAAGUCCAGGAAUGAAUUUCGAUCUGAUCGGCGGGCUGGCAAGAGAAGUGGCAGCUACUGCUGUAAUCUCACCGAAUGCAGGUCACUGGACCGAAAGUCUCAGAGACCUCUUUUAGGAAAGUCGCGGACUCUUCCAAGCAUUCCCCAGUCCCCUGUCAUAAGCCGCGUUCCUCUUUUAGACUCCAAACUCUACAGGAAAGAGAUGCCAGAACAGAAACAAUUCCGGAAUCUCUCUGCCCCAGAUUGUCAAAAAGGAUGUACAGUACCCUCUACUGGAGAGGCCUGGCAGCUGGAAGAUGACUGCGUUGGGCCCGGGAGGGAUCCUGCCAUGCAGCCCCGACUCUGCACUGUGAUGGAUGAGGCACCUUUCAGGUCCAUCCAAACUCAAUCCUUCUACAUGAGGAAAAGUCUUUCGGUGGACAAUCACCUCAGCUCCCUCAGUUAUUCUCUCCACCCUACUGAAACAAAGACGGAGCGGGUCAAAACCAAGCUUCGGAGGCAGUUCAGCCUUGGAUCAGCAGACAAGAAGGAUUUGUACUCAUCAAAGUAA